AUGUCGUCCCCUUUAGAUAUCCCCGUGUCCCGACCCUCUUCGGCCAUGGCCUCUCCCGCCGGUACACAAACGAUGCGGUCCCGGUCCCGGGCUCAGAGCAUUUCCAGUGACCGGCCCUCCACCAUCGCAUACAGCUUCAUGUCGCCGCCCCAAACCAUCUCCCCAGAGGCUGCCUACAUCGCUGCCUCGGCUGCCUCGCAGAUCGUUACCAACGACCAUGAUAGUCACGCUGAGGCCUGGUUCGAUCAGCAUGGCAUCGAGCCCUGCCGCGAGCCUGCAGUUGUUUCUCCCGCUGCACUGCAGCUGGUUAACAACUUCCUCGAUCAGCUGCUAUUUAAUUUUCUGAACGUCGCUCGGUCGAUCUCCCUGUCGGCACUGCGCCCAGCCGUUACCGAAGUCCUGAAGCCGAAACUCGCCAAAGAUGCGAUUAAUCAGGCCGACGAGGAAUUGCGCGAGUAUCUCGGCGGCGAUGACGAAGACAUCAUGGCCCAGUCACAGGAGACGCCAUCCCCAGCCGACUGGGAUCUCGAACUGGCCUGGAAGAGGACCCGUUUGCGCUGCAUGGUCUACUCGUCCCUUGGAGAUAUGGAGGAGGAAGAUGAAGACUACUACAUGGAACAGGGACAUCUCGGUAGCGCCUACGACGAUCGCUCUGCGGAGAGCUCAGUUUCUCCCGCCGUCGCCAUUUUCCUCACCUCGAUCCUCGAGUUCAUGGGCGAGCAGGCCCUGAUCGUGGCCGGCCAGGCUGCUUACCAUCGCAUGAGGCUCAAGUACGAGAAGGAGCUGAAGGAGGGUGCGCGCAGCCCGACUGUUGUUGCCGACAAAAUUGUCGUCGAAGAGCUCGAUAUGGAGCGUGUUGCCCUCGACAGGACGCUAGGCAGGUUGUGGAGGAGCUGGAAGAAGAAGAUCCGGACGCCUGGUUCUGGCACCCUCGAUCGUCUGAAUCGAUCACAAUCAAUCGACUCGAUGCGCGCCGCCUAUGGAGGCCACUUGCGUUCGCCUAGUACUACUGCUGAGUUGAUGGUCCCUGCUACUGUACCCGAGCCUGCCCCCGAGCCGAUGAACGUCGAGCUUGAGAUUCCGGCCUACGAGAAGCCGGCCGACGAGAAGGCACCCGAGCCCGAGCCCGAGCCCCAGCCAGCGCAAGAAGAAGAGGCCCCGCUGACCGAGGCCGAGAUUGCUGCGAGAAUUCCGCUGCCCGAGGGCCCCAACGACGUUGCCGAGAUCGAAGUACCCGGACUUGCCCAUUACAGUGAUGAGGAGCCCGACGAGGAUGAGACCCAGAAGGAGAAAGUCCACCCGAGGCCGAAGAGCCUCAUGAUCUUGCCCGUGGGCAACUCCCCACUUACUCCCCCGCCGUCGCAGCCGCAUACCCCCGACAUCCCGUCGAGGAAGCGUGCAAACUCGCUCCCUGCUCCCCCGCCAAGGCGUUAUAUCUCGCCUUCUGACGAGCCGGGCACUGAGGACAAGGGUCAACAGUCGCCCCCUGAUAGCCCCAAGGCUGAGCCGGAUGUUCAGAGCGAGCCGGCUGCUACCGCUGAGCCUCCUAAGGAGGAUCGGCCAAAGGAAGAGCCCAAGCCUGCCCCUGAGCCUGCCAAGGAGGAUGAGAAGGACGACCCUGAAGACGACGGCGGCGAGGUGUCGAUCGAAGAGCCCCGCAUUGUCCGCUCCUCGAGGGUCUCCAUCGUAGGCGGUCGUGCGUCUCCAGCUCUGUCCGAUCCCGGGCGGCCAAGCGCCAUCAACACAAACCUUCCUCGCUCGCCGAGCAUCCACUCGGCCCGGCUGAUUGAUGUCAGCCCCAGGAGCCCAGUCGUCGCCGGCGGGUCCCGCCGCAAUUCGGUCAUCCAGACCGAGUCGGCCCGCCAUUCCAACCUGUCGCUGGUCAGUCGCACCAGCACGCCCUCCAUUCCCGAGGAGCGCGCUCCCGCUUCGCUGGCCGAGUCGAGCACCAGCGCGAACGCUGGGGGCAGCAGGUCAAGUGCUGGAAAGCUGGCUGUCCCUGGUGCCAAGGGUUCUGCUGCACACGAAGAUAGCGCUGCGUCGCCGGCGACCCCUGCUGUCGCUAGCCAGGUGCUCCCUGCUCCGGCUAGUGCGUCAGCGCCGUCCAAGGAGCCGUCUGAACUUUCGAACCAGUCAUCUGGAUCGUCCGAGUCCGCCCAGUCUCCCUCACCUUCGAAGCCGGCUACCAAGGUCACCGUCCUUCCUCCCACUUCGACACCAGUACCAACGGCACCUGCCAGCAGUUCCUUCAUGGUCGAUUCGAUGCCUGUUCUUCCAGAAGACCAAGAGAUCAAGAGCAUUCCCCCACGAAACGAGUCUUUCAGGUACCGGCCGUCCACGAGCCCAAAGCCGCCCCCGUCGAUCCCAGAGCGCAAUGCAGGCAGACAGGCCAUCGCCAACACGUCUGCUCAACGCCAGCCACCGACCACGAUCGGCCAGGUGUCGGUGGAACGUGCCUAUCCUCGUAAUCUGACCGAGCAGUCGCGCUCGCAGGAGCUGCUCUCUGCGGCACCUCGCGGCUCGCCGGCAUCGACCAAGGGGCUCAAGCCCAUCCGGACAUCGUCCGACGAAGGCUCGCGCCCCCGCGACGUCGCACGCGACUUUGAGGAACUCAUCCAGAGCGAUGAGACUAUCCAGUACACCCUGACACCCGAGAGCAUGCGCGACCUUGACCCACAGUCUCAGUCAUUACUGGGGUCCUCCAGUGGGACUCCGAUCGUAGCCGUGAGGAGCAGGAAGAGCGAAGACAGACACAGCGGCGAUGCGAAGACGCGGCCGACCUCCCGCGCUUCCGGCUCCAGCUCAUACUCUCCUAUCGACGGCCCCUCGACCAAGCACGGGGCUAGAGUGCUCCCGACCAUGCCGACUAAAGGGCGUCCCGGUCCCCAGGCGAGAGAUGCGAGAGUCGUCCGUGAUCGCGAGUCCCUUGCCGAGCUGGCAGAGUUCCUCCGGUCGACUGCACCGAGCGCGCCGCCCAAGGUUACGCCGAUCAUCACUUCGUUUCGUGUCGUAGGAGGAGCAUCGGGUCCGCCAGGGACGGAUUCCUUGUCCAAGCUCCCCACUGAUCCGACCCAGCCGUCGACCACCCAAACUGCCUUGUCGGCUACCGCCACGACCACGACUACUAGUGCUGCUACCAGGAGACCCAAGUUCCAAGCUCGCGAGGCCAUUGUAGACACCAAGGACAACUCCGACCUGAUCGACUUCAUCCGUCGUGGCCCGCCCAGCGCCUCAGGUAACCCUAGGAUUCCCAAGGAUAUUGCCCCCUUCCGCAGCACCAUGGACUCGGAACUGAUGUCGAAUGCCUUGGGCGGUAAAGCAGUCGACGCCAACCUGCGCAGCUUGGAUCCCCGGAGCAGCAAUGCCUCUACUAAUGAGUCUUCCCUCCCGCCCUCGGUCCAUUCGUCGAUUAAUUCGCACAGUGCCCUGCUGAAGAAGCAGGCUGGGUCCUCCUAUGACGCCAUGAAUAGCACCGAAGGAUCCUUCCCCAAGCGCAAGACCCGCCGCGUCCGGGACCCCUACGCAAUCGAUUUCAGCGAUGAGGAAGAUGAGGACAUAGACAGCCUGGCCCAGCUCCCGCCCAAGAGACCGCAUACCUCCAAGGAAGAGAGCCUGAUCGACUUCCUCAAUAGCUACACACCCCCGCCGGCCCCGCCCCCGCAGCCGUUCAAUAUCAGUCAAACGCAAGCGCUGUUGCAGGCUAAGCAGGGUCUGCAAGAGCCGCAGCAGCAGCAAGUGCCGAGUAAACCCAAGAAGAAGGCUAGUGCGCCGAGUUUGAUGGCUAGACUUACUAGGCGAGAUAGUAGUGCUGCUAUGAGGCCGUCUAGUCCCAAAUCGGGCUUCAGCGCUGGUGGCACGCCUAAUUCGCCUCCUCAGCUACCCUCUGUGAGCAGGGCGUUGAGCAGCCGUGCGAGCGCCGGCAGCGGUACAGGCAGCGCAAAGUUCAUACCUCUGCAAGUCAACAUGCCUGAUGGCGACCCCUACGCGCCGCCGUUGACGAGGGCUGGUACCGCUGGGUCUGCUGGUUUCGGCUCGACUUCCACACCUACUUCCUCAGACAACAAUAGCAACGUCCCCAAGACGAGCGGCAGCAUUACUUCUACGGCACAAUCCCAAAGGAGGGUGCCCAUGAAGAAAUUCGAACCCCGCGAGCCGAUUGCUGUCCCGACGCGGGCAACGGCAGAUCUGGCACAGUUCCUUAGGAGUUCGGAGCCGCCUCCGCCAGGGGUGCUGCCGCCUAGUCUGCCGCAGGGUGGAUCAGGUGUUGGCGAGAAGGAGGAUGGGGAGAAGAAACGGGGCGGUAUGUUUGCUAGGAGGAAGAAGAGUACUUUGGCGUUGUGA